AAAUUGAACCACAACAUGCUGAUCCAUCUUUGUUUAUUCAACAGCAACAACAGUUACUUCAAAUGUCUAGGCAGUCACCUCAAGCUGCUGCCAUGGCCCAGCUUUUGCAUCAACAAAGACUUAUGCAGUUCCAUCAACAGCACCAACAACAACAUCUCUUGAAGGGUGUGCCUCAACAAAGGAAUCCACUUCAGCCACAAUAUCAACCAUCGAAUAUAUCUUUUAGAUCUCAAGCAAAACCAUUUUAUGAGCCUGGGAUGUGUGCACGCAGAUUGACUAAUUAUAUGUAUCAGCAACAGCACAGACCUGAGGACAACAAUAUUGAAUUUUGGAGGAAAUAUGUAGCAGAGUAUUUUGCUCCCAAUGCUAAGAAAAAGUGGUGUGUCUCAAUGUAUGGAAGUGGCCGUCAGACAAAUGGGGUCUUUCCUCAGGAUGUCUGGCAUUGUGAAAUAUGCAACCGCAAGCCUGGGCGUGGGUUCGAGGCAACUGUAGAGGUCUUGCCUAGGCUUUUUAAGAUAAAGUAUGAAAGUGGCACAUUGGAGGAAUUACUUUAUGUUGAUAUGCCUUGCGAGUAUCAGAAUUCUUCUGGGCAGAUUGUCCUGGACUAUGCAAAAGCUAUUCAGGAGAGUGUGUUUGAACAACUUCGUGUUGUCCGUGAUGGUCAGCUUCGAGUAGUCUUCUCACCGGAUCUGAAGAUCGUCUCUUGGGAGUUCUGUGCACGCCGUCAUGAGGAGCUUAUACCUAGAAAAUUGUUGAUACCUCAGGUCAACCAACUUGGAGCUGCAGCUCAAAAAUACCAGACUGCCAACCAAAAUGCAUCAUCUACCAUAUCCGCUUCUGAGUUGCAAAAUAACUGCAAUCUCUUUGUUACCUCAGCUCGUCAAUUGGUGAAAGCCUUGGAAGUUCCAUUGGUAAAUGAUUUGGGAUAUACCAAGAGAUAUGUGCGAUGUCUUCAGAUAUCAGAAGUAGUGAAUAGCAUGAAAGAUUUGAUUGACUAUAGCAGAGAGACCAACAUGGGGCCUAUGGUGCACGACUGUGAAUUCCUUGACACUUUUGGUCCCUCCGACCACUUAUCCGUCAAAUUUUCUGUUCAACUGGUCGAUAUUCGGUGCCUCGGUGGAUAAGUGACUGAAGAGGACCGUGGCAAGAAAUAUAUAGUCGUGAG